CUUUGUUUGAUUAGGUCAGGUGUCGGAAUCUCAAAGAGAACAAAAAUUCGCUCCCAACCCUCUCUUCAUCGCAUCGCCUGUGUAGAAAAAUCUUUCGCUCUUCGCCGCUGGCUUACGAAACAAUCCAUUUUUGAGCGAAUCUUUAUUUGCACUAUGGAUCUCUUCAUGGAACAUUACCCUUAUGGUUCGCGUAAAGAUGUCAUGGAAAUUAUAAAUCGUUACCCCCAUAUUACAGUACGAGAUAUGGAGAAUGUUUUCAUCUCUAAAGGCCCAUUUGUGGCAAGGUGUUUGCGCGGCACUGACAUUCUCAGAUUCAUGGAAAGGUGGUAUAUUCAUGAUAUCAGUUUCGAUCGUGAAACCGCAAAACAGAAAGGCCAAGAACAUGUUCAAGCUGGGCCUUUACUUCAUGUGCAUUCAGUAUGUGUACAGCCAAAAUCUCCAGAAAAUGGACCCCUACAUGUAUAUGGUACGAUUCGGGUUCGGUAUCAAAAUAUCGCUAGUGGAGACGAGGUGCAGCUUGUUGUUUACAAACGAAGUGUCAAUGAUGCCGACUACAUAAGCCCGAGUGGUGGUAAUUUAGUUCUUUUUGGGCCUCAUAUUUCUCAUACUGGGAUUACUAGCUACUGUGAUUUGAUGAUGCCUUUGUACAAUACAGCUAUAGAAGUUGAUCUCUAUCUCAAAAUUGGGGAUUUUUCCCAUUCGUUUGCUCAUGAAAAGUUUUUGGUGGGGGGUACAACUGAAGGAGAUGUUGAGGAAUUAAGAUCCAAAGAAUUCCAGGAUACACUUUGCUCCGCUACCUUGAGUUAUAUUAAAAUGCCAUUUGGUGCCCUUUGCGAAGUUGAAGUUCUAUUCGAUAGCAAAAACGAGGGCAUAGUUGUUAAUCUUGCUGGAAAAAUUUUUGCACGAUAUAAGAACACCUUUGGAAACUAUAACUCGAAACCGUGCGUUCUUUUUGAGAAGCAGAAUGGCUCUGAAUCAGUAAAGAUGAAUAAUAAGCUCGGUAUGUCAAGAAAAUUGUUGAGGUUGCCUGCAUAUUCGUCACUUGAAGUUGAGCUGGACUUGAUGGACGUCAACACAAAAAAGCCUAUUAAGAAAACAUUUAAAUGUUUCAAUGAGGAUGGCAUAUUUGCAGGUGAUCGUGUAUUGGACGUGGAGGGUGAUUUUGCGAUUAUUCUCAUAAGAGCGUUGAUUUCAUAUCCACAAAAGUCAAGUGUGGACAAAAUCAAGGCUAAUAAUGAAAUGUCAUUAUACAACACUGGCAACCCUAGGUAUGAUGUAGGUCAAGAGAGUACACUGAUACCAUCAAUGUUCGUAGAAUUUUACUCAAUCUUUAUUGGCCAUAAAAAAAUGGGGUCGGCAUUGAAAAUUUUUGGCACUGUAGAAUUGUCUUCCGGUAAGAAUAGUCACUACCUGUUCAAGAGGACAGGUAAUGAUGGUGUGGAAAUAGAAGAUUCACAGAAAGUGUUACCAUUGGGAGAUGUGCAUAUGAGGCUUGAUGAAUAUAGCAUGCCUGAAUUGAAGGUCGAUCUAAAAGAUGUUGGUGGGAAAUUUCUAAUUAGAGGUUUUGCUAGCCAUGACCGUAUAUAUGACACCCAAAAAUGUUCCGUGUUUCCGGGAGAAGAGGGCUUUUGUGCAUUGCAAUACUCCAUUUUCUCAAGAGCUUUUCAAGCAAAAAUCGAGAUCUUUGUCAAGAAUAAAAGUGAUCAUAUCGGGCCUGACACAGUCUAUGGAAGUGCAAUUGUGCAGUAUAGCAAUUUUGACUACCCCACUGAGUUUGAGAGAGAUUAUUUUCGGAGUGUGCUUUUCAAAAGGACUGAGAAGAAUUCAGUACGAUUAAAGGAUGAUGGGAGAGUACCACUUUCUUGAUGUGUAGUUGCGGUUCCAAUGGGUUCGUCCCUCAUUAUUCAUGUAAAUUUGUGUGGCACGCAUUAUCAUCUCUCGUGCACCGAAGCGUUCAUGAUUGGAAGUAACUCCUUUAACCAACCGAAAAAUGAUCAUGAUCUUGACAUCAAGUUGACUUGGAGUGAUGGUAAGAUUGCUGGAUGGGUAGAGUGAAUCAGACAAAGACAAGGUACUUCAUUGUUUAAUUUUAAUAUAUAUGCACCGGCAAAAGGAAGUCUAACAUGAGUUUAGUCAUAAAAUUACAUAAGGUAAAAUAAUAAUUAAAAUCAAUGAGUUUGAUUUGA